UAUAUCACAAGAUUAACAGCUCGAUAUAUAACCAAAAAUCUUCCAUAUUGUGAUAGGGAUAGAAUCAAUUAAACGUAUACAUACAUGUACAUAUAUAAUAAUGUUUUUGGCGCGAAUGCCAUGAAAGUGGAGAGUUUUUAGAGAGCGAUGUGUCCUGCGAUCGAAGCCACCGUGCCAUACGGCGGCGACAAAUCUCCUCCGUCGACCGGAGACGUGUCGGAGAACGACGGCGAUGAGCUAUUGGCGCCGCCUCUCAACUUCGCAAUGGUCGAUUACGGCGUCUUCAGGUCUGGUUUUCCCGAAUCUGCCAACUUUUCCUUCUUGCAAACCCUAGGCCUCCGCUCGAUCGUAUAUCUCUGUCAAGAACCCUAUCCUGAAGCGAACUUGAGAUUUCUCAAUGCGAAUGGAAUUCAGCUUUUUCAGUUCGGUAUCGAUGGUUGUAAGGAGCCUUUUGCAAACAUUCCAGAAGAUAAAAUUCGUGAAGCAUUGAAAGUGGUCCGUGAUAUAAAGAACCACCCGCUCCUAAUUCAUUGCAAAAGAGGAAAGCACCGAACUGGUUGCCUUGUGGGAUGCCUGAGAAAAUUGCAAAGGUGGUGUCUGUCUUCAAUUUUUGACGAGUACCACAGGUUUGCGGCUGACAAAACUAGACUGUCGGAUCAGACGUUUAUAGAGUUGUUUGAUAUUUCAGACUUGUAACAGAACAGUUUCCGGCAUCAUUUCAUGAUCAAAAGAGCGAAGCAAAAAGAAAAAGAAAAAAAAACACUCUAUCAACAUGUCCAGCUUUGCUUCACUUUCUUCUUCUUCCCGCGUCUCCGAGGAGAGUAUGGGUUUAUCUUUCAUUGAGAUAGCUAAUUACAAUGAUAUCAGAUAGGCGUUGGUUUUUUCCACAUGAAUGAGAAUCACAAAUAGACUUUUUAAUUCUUUAAUUUUUUCCCCCUUUGUGCUGAGAUAUCUUUAUGUUUUCACUGCUCUUUACAAUUGUCCUUUCUGAUAUUCUUGUUUCACUCUUGAACUUUUUCAUGGUCAACACAACUUAGGAGGCAAGAUUAGUUAUGCCUAUGUAAUGUGCUGGAAGCCAAGAUAGUUCAGGGACAGCAUUAUGAGAUUGGUUUCUUGUGUACCAUAAAAUUCUUCAGUAUUGCAGCAAAUUGUUAUCUUGGCGUGCCAGUAGACUCCCCUUGUAUGAUUUGGUUUGACAAUGAUGGAAAAUUUUUGAGCUUGCAAGGAUGAGAAGUUUGUCUGUCUAGAGGCCCUUGAAUCUGAAAUUUGGCCUCUGCUGAGAUCAGCUGGAUUACUGAUUAGUUUAAUGGUAAAUCCAUUAGCAAUCUAGUCACCAAAUUUGCCGAGGAGGAGGCUCCUCAUCAGUCCAAAAUUCAAUUGGAGGGUUUAGUUUGUGUGGUCUGGUUGGUAUAGUUUCGUAUCAAUCAUUAGAAUGUUCUCUGAGCACUAGAAUUCACAACUUUCA